AUGACGUGCUCUGAAGAUCAGCCAAUGGUGAACCCAUACUCACAUCAGGAACACAAUGAUGUGGGGCAAAGACACAAGGUCUCAUCAUUUAGCAACAAUCGUUUGACAGUCAACACCGACCACAGUAACUCAACUCUCACAUCUACAACUGCAACAGUUACGACUCCGACAACCUCCACAUCGUCCACAAAACUAAUCCAACUUCAACGCACGACCUCAUCGAAUGGUGUAUCCGCUUCCACCGUUCUUCUGACACCGACGACGCCCCUGGCGAUGGGCGCCGUUUUGGGCAAUGGAGGCGGAAGCGGCUAUCUCGCAAAGCACCGUUUGAGCAUCACGGGCGGCGGGGGAGUUGAGGACAAGGAUAUCAAGGAGAGGGAGAACGGGAAUAAUAGUAAUGGUUUGGUAAUUAGUCUGACGCGUCAGCAAUUUACACCAAGUCCCACCAGCGAAAUUCACCCAUUGCAUUUUACAUGGGUGUUUUGGUUCAUGCAUCGAAUCCCUGGUAGCAAGAUACAAAAUUACGAGAGUUCAAUGAAAAAGAUUGCAGCAUUCUCUUCGAUAGAAGAUUUUUGGGCUGUUUAUAGUCACCUCCGGAGACCACACGAACUACCCAACAUUAGCGACUAUCACCUUUUCAAACAAGGCAUUAGGCCUGUAUGGGAGGACGAUACUAAUAUUAAUGGAGGUAAAUGGAUUGUAAGGUUAAAGAAGGGUCUAGCCAGUCGAUAUUGGGAAAGUUUGGUGAGUAGAUCUGUGGUCUACGGUUAG